AUGACACUUUCUUGGGCCCUUACCUUCCUCACACCCUGUAGUGGUCGUGGAGGGUACACCAAACCUCAGGGAACGUUCGAGCCACAGCCCGUUCCAGCCUACCAAGCAAAUCGUCAGCGACAAAACAAGUCCAUCAUCCCGGAUGGUCCGUCUAGUAUCAGUGCCGAUAGUAGGGAUAUGUAUCUUGUGACGCGCAUUUUGGGAGGUGCUGCGCUGAAUGGUAUGGUUGGGGAAGUUGGAAAACACUCUAUGAAUUUUCUCAAGGCGAAUACCGCUCUCGGCAUCGCUUUUGCCUCUAACAACGCCCCGGAUCCAACGCAACACUGGGGCGUUUUGGUUGGGGACUAUGUCCACCAGCUGGGUCUUGAUAACGGUUAUAACUACUACACCAACGAGAGGUACGGAAACUAUGCUGGUUGGACAAAGUACCAUAUUGGUGUAACCAGAUUCAAUGAUAUUGCCAUUCGAAACGCCGGUAAAAACUCCAUUAUUUUGUUUCCCGCACUUACUAUUUCCUUCACUUCCUGGCAUAAAUCGCUCCUGUCUAAAUUGAUCAUCUUUACAGGGAUGAAUGUUAUGAAUGAGAUACCUGAAGUGUAUCACCUUACCGAGAACAACUGCCAGCACGUUGCUACCAGACUCCUGGAUAAAGUCUUGCGCGACGGCCGGAAAAGACUCAAAGGCAUCAAUGGACGUUUCAUGUCUGAUGAUUCUCCGAGCACUGAAAGUAGCGAUCAGAUACCUCCUCCCAUUGACCAUAGUGAAGGCCGUGAGGGUGAAUAUAUUUCAGUCAAUGACAAAGACAAUCUUGUUGCAUAUGUCUAUGACGACGAAGCACACACAAAGAAGCUGGUGGAGGCUGUUCACGUGAUGGUUACCAACACCAAGACUAUGAAAGUAGAGCCACCGGCCUCUUCUAGUUAA